AUGAAGUUUUUUGUUCCUUCUGGAAGAGCUGUCAGCUCUGGGGAGCUGCUGUGGCCUCUCAGGUGUGAAUGCCAGGGCUGAGGGGCUCAGUGCCUGGUGGAGAUAACACCAGGAUUUGCUGGGACAAACAGCUUGGUGGCUGCUCCAGCUGCUGUGAGCCCAGCAGCUCCUGUGGCACUGGCAUUGUCCCAUGGGGGCCACACGUGUGGCCCUUCCCAGGCCUGUCGGGCUGUGCCACGUUUGCUUUUGCUUGGCUUUAUAAAGAGGAGGUGCAGGAGCCUCCUCUGCUCCUUGCCAGACUCUGCCCCCAGCACAGCCUUUGCUAUGGAUGGCUUGAAUGUCUCCAUUGCUUUUUUCUUCCUGGCUUUUGGGCUGUGCCAGGUGCUCAGGUGGCUCUCCAAGAGGCUGCUGUCCCCUGGGACACGUGGCUGCCUUGCCAGGGAAUUUGCUGGCUCCUUCCAGCUGUGCAUGAGCUGCCUGGAGCUGAGGAUGCUGAUAGACAUCGGCCCCUGGGGUGGUGGCUUUGGCCUGGACGUGGUCCUGACCCUCCUCUUCCUCCUCUCCGCUGUCCACGGCGCCUCUUUGGAUGGAGCAUCUGCCAACCCAACGGUGUCCCUGCAGGAGUUCCUGCUCCUGGAGUCCAGCCUGGCAGCCACGGGGGCCAAGCUGCUGGCCCAGGGUGUGGGUGCAGGGACAGGCUGGGCUCUCACCCGGCUCUACUGGUCCUGGGAGCUGACGCAGCUGCACUUCAUCCAGAACCUCAUUGCUCCCGAGUGCAGCUCCUCCAUCCACACCUCCCUGCCCCACGCUGCCUUCCUGGAGGGCUCCUGCUCCUUCCUGCUCCACCUCAUCCUCCUCAAGCUGCGACAGAGCCACCCCCUGUACCGGGUCCCUGCGCUGGCAGCCACUGUCACUUUCCUGACCUACGCAGCCGGACCGUACACGGGGGCCUUCUUCAACCCUGCCCUGGCCACAGCCGUCACCUUCCACUGCUCGGGGAGCAGCUUCUGGGCCUACAUCCAGGUCUACUGGCUGGGGCCCCUCGCAGGGAUGCUCGCUGCCCUCCUGCUGUUCCAGGGCAACAUCCCACGCCUCUUCCAGAAAAACCUCCUCUACAGCCAGAAAAGCAAAUACAAGGUGCCCAAGGCAAAGGUGACAGCACAGGCGGAGGGUGACAAACCACAGAAGAAGAGGAAAGGAGGGAAGAGCAACGCGGAGCCCCGUGCCUGAGCCCCUCCUGGCCCUUUUCCUGGGAAAGGGUUUCCCGAUGUGGAGGAUUUUGCAGCUCGUUCAGUCCUUGAAGCACCACAAAGGAAUCCUGCAGGAUGCCCCUGAGCUCCUUUGGGAAUUGCUUUGAAAGCCUCCCUGGAGAGCCCGAAAUGUUUCAAGCUCGCUCUGCUGGCUCAGAAGGAAAACA